AGCACCGAAUGGGUCUCUGUACUUCAAAGCCCUCAGCGAAUCUGACAUCUACGUCUCCCAAAUCCGAAACUGAAUCGCCCAGGAAUAACCAGGUACCACCUAGAGACGACUCUGUGCCUGUUAGUGAAUGUCCUCAACCUCAUUCUAGUUCUGUAAACGGAGAAAACCCUAGCAAGGAGAAGAAAGAGGUGGAGAAUGGGAAAAAAUCGCCUUUCUUCCCGUUUUACAGCCCAAGUCCGGCCCACUAUCUGUUCUCGAAGAAGUCUCCGGCGAGAUCUCCGGCGAAUGGGAGCUCGAACUCCACGCCGAGAAGGUUCUUUAAACGCCCGUUCCCACCUCCGUCGCCGGCGAAGCACAUAAAAGCUGUGUUGGCUAGGCGGCAUGGGUCGGUGAAGCCGAAUGAGGCAACAAUACCAGAAGGGAGCGAGGCAGAGGUGGGUGCUGCGCUUGAUAAGAGUUUUGGAUUCUCAAAGCAUUUCGGGAACAAGUAUGAAUUGGGAGAUGAGGUUGGGAGAGGUCACUUUGGGUACACUUGUGCUGCCAAGUUUAAGAAGGGCGAGCUCAAGGGGCAACAGGUGGCUGUGAAAGUUAUCCCGAAAGUGAAGAUGACCACUGCCAUUGCUAUUGAGGAUGUAAGAAGAGAAGUAAAAAUAUUGAAAGCUUUGACAGGACAUAAGAAUCUUGUAAAAUUCUAUGAUGCAUAUGAAGACCAGGAGAAUGUCUAUAUAGUAAUGGAGUUGUGUGAAGGAGGGGAGCUGUUGGACAGAAUACUAUCAAGAGGUGGAAAAUACUCAGAGGAUGAUGCAAAAGCUGUAAUGAUUCAAAUACUUAAUGUUGUUGCAUUCUGCCAUUUACAGGGUGUUGUGCACCGCGAUCUUAAACCUGAGAAUUUCUUAUUUACGUCAAAGGAUGAAAACUCAGACCUGAAGGCUAUAGACUUUGGGUUGUCAGAUUUUGUAAAACCAGAUGAAAGGCUCAAUGAUAUUGUUGGCAGUGCAUACUACGUGGCUCCUGAAGUCCUACAUAGAUCCUACACUACAGAGGCUGAUGUCUGGAGUAUUGGUGUGAUUGCAUAUAUUCUUUUGUGUGGAAGCCGUCCAUUUUGGGCCCGGACUGAGUCUGGAAUCUUCCGUGCUGUACUGAAAGCUGAUCCAACUUUUGAUGAACCUCCUUGGCCUUCUCUAUCGGCUGAGGCAAAGGACUUUGUUAAACGGCUACUGAUUAAAGAUCCACGGAAAAGAAUGACAGCUGCACAGGCAUUAAGUCAUCCCUGGAUUAAAAAUUACAAGGAUGUGAAAGUACCUUUGGAUAUUCUAAUAUUCAAGCUCAUGAAGGCAUACAUGCGCUCCUCAUCUCUACGGAAAGCAGCUUUAAGGGCACUGUCCAAGACGUUAACAGCUGAUGAGCUAUUUUAUUUGAAGGAGCAGUUUACACUUUUAGAGCCUAACAAAAAUGGUACUAUAAGCUUGGAAAAUAUCAAAGCGGUCUUAAUGAAAAAUGCUACAGAUGCCAUGAGAGAUUCUCGCAUUCCUGACUUUCUGGCAUCACUUAAUGCAUUACAAUAUAGAAGGAUGGAUUUUGAUGAGUUCUGCGCAGCUGCACUCAGUGUUCAUCAACUUGAAGCACUUGGUCGGUGGGAGCAGCAUGCUCGCUGUGCCUAUGAACUUUUUGAAAAAGAUGGGAACCGCGCUAUUGUCAUUGAGGAACUAGCUUCGGAACUUGGCCUUGGCCCAUCUGUCCCUGUUCAUGCUGUUCUUCAUGAUUGGAUUAGACACACUGAUGGAAAGUUAAGCUUCCUUGGCUUUGUCAAAUUGUUGCAUGGACCAUCUCGAAGUCUUGCUAAGGCUCAAUAGAAGAUGGUCGGGAGGACUCACACAAGAUUCAAGAUGGUUCAUACUGGCCAAGAAAAUUUUGGUCAACAAUCUUCUUUCUCCUUACCACCAUCUUUGCCACUGUUACGCUAGGCUCAGUCUAAAUUAUCCGAGACUUCUCCACUUAGAGGACUCGAGCUCGUGUGCACUUGGAAGAGGAGUAAGAGUAAACCCUGCUCCUACAGGCGUUUGUGUUUUCCACUGUAAAGUUGUAGUGUGUUAAGUUGCAGGCGAGAAUAUUUUCUGGUUGUUAUUAGAUGGUUACACGUGAUAUCCUAACACGAUAUGAAAUUAACAGACGAGGAGUAUCAUUCUUGUCCCCAUCGAGAAUUAUGAAGUCGAAGGAAACAGGUUAUUGGGGGCUGUUGAGUUCUUCCCACCUUUUUUUAUUCACUUGUUUUUGCCACUUUUAUUAUGUAACGGUAUGUUUCUGAUAGAAGCAGUUUAUUUGACUGAAACUGUACAUUUGAAGUA